AACCAACUGAAGUACCAAAACUGUGUGGACAGCGAAUGGCAUGAAUGGAGGCCGCGAUGUAUCGCGGAAGAAGUAGCCUCUUCAGAAGCCGCCGCGUAAGUGUGGAGGAAACGGUGCCGAUAGAUUACAACCUCGCUCCUUCUGACAAUCUCCGCAUCAUUCUGACAGAUGUUGUAAAGAGGAGAGGAGUGUCAAAGGCUCGGCGCCUAGGACACUUGAAUAACUUUGUGAAACUAUGUGCCAAAGUAGGACCAGAUGUGAAUUGGGGACUAUCAGCUUUAGAAAUCUGUUGUUGUCUGCGUGCAAGUUUAGUUAGUGAUGCCAAAGAAGUGCGUGCAGCGUCUCUCCGUGCCCUCCGCCAUUUCUUACAAACUGAGUCGACGUUGGAUUCCAUGUUGGAUAUCCACAUUGAUGUGCUGCUGGCCCGAUUGAUGGAUACUUGCCUUGACAAUGAAAUAGAAAGAUUACAUGUCUUUAAACUCGUGAGAAAAAUACUGCUGGUUGCUCCUGGAAAAUGCCCCACCUCUCUAGUCUACCCAAUGGUUGCCAUUGGAAACUAUGGUGCUAAAGAACGCGAUAAUAUGCUCCGAUUUGUGCUGUCUUCUAUGUGUGAACUAGCCUUAUAUAAUCCUAUUCUGAUGGCAGAGACGGGUGGUAUACCGAUGCUGAUGAGAAACGUACUGUACUUCCAUCAGUUACCACGAAUCAAUGAAUGCCUCCUGCAGUCUAUACUCUACCUUGUCAAUCAGCCUUACACAAGAUAUUGUGUCAGGAACAGCGUAGAUUUGGAGCAAAUACUGGCUCCAUUCACAGACUGUCACUUCAAGGCCAAAAGUGAUUCUUCAGGAAGUGAUGACCGGGAGAAACGCUUCCUUGCCAGUCGAUUGGCUUUGAUAACCACACUGAAAUCCUGGGCAGGAAUGGUCAAACUGUGCUGUCCAAACUCAAGCAGUAUUCAGUCGCUACUGGGAUCACUCUGGCUGCCAGACAUGGAGAUAAGGAAAGGUGUGAUGGAUAUUUUCUUCGACUUGUUUUAUAUACCUGUGCCAAAAUGGACAACUGACUUUGAUGAAGCAUUAUUGAGUAUUGACUGCACCAGUUUGCAUGAUUCGUGGCAGCUCAUUGAGGGCUUUGUCAGUCGAGAAGGGAAGGACAUCCUGCCACACAAGUCCAAGACCAGGAUGAACCUAAUCGAGAAUCAUCUUGCUCUGCUUCUAUUGGUUUUCCUCAGCAAUGGAUUACCAGAGGCCCUGGUUGAAGUGAUCACCACCAGCAAGGAACACAUAGCAAUACGCGGAACAAUACUCUUGGGAGAAAUGCUCCACCUGGCCAACAUGAUUAUUCCUCACGAGUGUGUCCACCUCAGCCACUGUCUACCAUCCCUCAUAGCAAUCGCAGCAUCAUUUCGCAUCGAGGCUGAAGUCAGAAGUCAAGCAAGCCGUGCAAUCUCAUGGUUAGACAAAUUGCAUUCUGUGAAAAAGCGUGGUCCAGUGCCGUGUAGUCUCUACUUGGACCACAUCAUGGAACAAUCCAGUAACAAACAGGAAAACAGCCACAGAAAUAUGAAGUUUCACAAAGAUAAACUAACCUGUUAUAUGCAAAAGGAUUCGGCUGAUCUCAUUGCUCAAGUGAUAAAAGACUGCCAGGUCCUGUCAACCAAGGACAACUUCAACUGGGAUUGGGAUCUAAUUGGUGCUAUACUCAAGUGGCCAGAUGAUAAUCUGAAGAAGCUUGAGGAUCAAAACAAUAUUCGUUUCAUCAGGAGAAUUGUCUUCUUCUUCAAACCAAGCAAUCGGUUGUAUUCAUGCAUCGACCAGAAGACAGAACGUGCCAAAACAUACACGAUGGUCGGCUGCCAAAUGGUCGAUUUCCUUCUUGAGUGUGACGAGACAGAGAGCGACCGAAUCUUAGAGGAAUGGUUGGGUGACAUUGCUGGCUGCCUUGCACAAAUUCGCACUGAAAAGGCUCCACUUGAUACCUUGUUUAGUCCUUCUAAUUUGCUCAACACUCUCAGUCAGGAUUACUUUCUUAUCAUUGGUCGGUUCACACAUUCCAAACGAGGAGAAAGCAUUCUGGAGAGGACUGGCGUCCUCCAAUACUUGCUGGACCUGAUGACCGUGACGAGCCAUGACAUCUACAUCAAACUGACCGUAUCCAGUCUCAACUAUAGUCACAACGGUCAUGCCAGGAUCAUCCUCAACAAAGCCCUCACGGCCAUAUCAGAGAAUGCUCGUCUGUACACAGCCAAGUUCAUGAGGGUGCUCCUGCGGGCUGACGUGCCAUUUGUGACCCACUGGGGGAUGGAGCUCCUGGUUACCCAACUCUAUGAUCAGAGCAAGGUUGUCGCCAUGGAAGCUCUUGAUGUCAUCGAUGAAGCUUGUGAAGAUGAGGUGAACUUGCACACCUUGAUCAAGUUACGUCCAACGGUGCUACAUUUGGGAGAGAAAGGCGCUCUCCUGUUGGCCAGAUUUCUCUCUGUUGCCAGUGGUUACAAGUUCCUGAUGGAGGCAAACUACAUCCAACCGGAACUAGAGAGAUGGAGAAAGUCCUUCAAUGUGCGUUAUGUGAAGAUAGUGGAGGAGCAGCUGAAUGAGUCAAUGACAACCUACGAAAAAUCCUAUGUCAUGUUGUACUCCUAUCAGCUGGAAUCAACCAAGUCAGUGCCUGGGAGAGGAAGGAAGAAUGUAUAUGUUCCAGUUCAUCUGUAUGGACAACUGGUGCAGCACAAGACAGGCUACAAACUACUUAGGAAACAGGAGUACCUAUUGGAGUAUUUCAACUGCAUUCGAUACCAGGCGAUCCGCACAGAGGAGCAGAUCCUUGCCUUGAAGGCUGCGCUGUGGGCAGUCGGCCAUAUUGGGAGUUCCCAGUGGGGAAUAGCGCUACUGGAGGAGGAGAACAUAGUACCCGAAAUGAUCAAACUCUGUGAGGAAUCUGGCGUGUUUUCAAUCCGGGGGACAGCCUUCUACUGCCUGGGAUUGAUAGCUUCAACCAGAAAAGGUGCCGACUUGCUUCAUGAGUUUGGCUGGGAAGCCAUUCGUACCAAUCGCCAUGACCACUGGCCUGUGAUAGAUGACCCAGAGAUACAAGAAUGUGAUUCACGUCUACACGUUUCUGCCAGUUUCUCUAGUAAAUCUGAUAUUGAGAAAAAUGCAGCCGAUGCUCAGAGUUUAGCGUCCUCAGAAAGUUUCUCACUUCCAAACUCAAGCCCUGCGACAUCAUUUUUGGAUUAUCAAAAACAGCAGAGUCGGGAAUCUGUGGUUGAGUUUGAAACUGAUUCAGCUUUCCAGCCUUCGUCCAAUGCAGAGGAUUCUGAUGACCAGUUGAGUGCCCUGCAGCGAGAUCGUGGCCUGAGUGAUCCUGUUGUGAUGGGAAAGAUUUCACAAAGUUACAAAAAGUCUGAGAGUUACCCUGGUCCACAGAUGCAACAUUCUUCAGGAGACAUGAUUCCAUCACACCCGCGAAGUGCUUCUGAGCCUCAUACCCAGGAGUAUGUCCGUCUGCAUGAAGCAGCUGAGGAAAAAAUGGAUGGAAAACAUGUGUCAAAAAGUGAUGCAAUUAAGACAAGAUGUGCUAGUAAUAUUGAGACUGAGUCCAGUGUUAAAACAGAAAUGGUGCUACUCAAACCAAAAUGUAACAGUUUUCGUGAAGUUCGUAGCAAUAGCAGUGAGAGCGGAACGUUCAAAAGUCGUUCAAACAGCUGUAACACAACAAGUGGUGUUAGUUCGUAUGACUCGGACCCAAAUACAAACUUUCCCUUGACUCCCAUCCCGAGUUCAGGAAAUGUCAGUUGCUCAAAUGACAACCUCAGCGCUUUACAUGUCGUCCAUCACUCUGAGGUCAACCGUAAACGUGUGAAUCUGACACGGAUUCCAAGUAUGAAACGAACAUUCAAAUCUCUGACUCAGUUGUCACCUUUGAAACAUCUUAACGACUCGCCUGCUAUGAUGCCCAGUAGUUCACAGACUGAUCUUCAGGGUUAUGCAACUCUCAGGACUCUACGAAGACAGAGGACUAUGAGCUCAGAACCUGAAUCAGAGUUUGGCUUGACUGAUCUCUUCUCAGAAGGUGCUGGAACAGCUUCCAAGCGUGGGAGCCUGAUCUUCACUGUCGGUGGUGCACCAAGCAUACCAAGUCCUGAUACUGAGCGCCAACCCAAUGUCUUGUUCCCCAACCUCAAGAGACAGAUGUCGAAGGUUCUCAAGAAGAAGCCCAAGGUUGUUGGACCAGUUGACUACACGGGAUUAUGCCUGCCGGUCGAUGUAGGCCUCAUGUUUCAGGUGAAUGAAGGUGAAGAUCGACGAUCAAGUUCUGGUGUGGAGUUGGAUGCGAGGAGUUCUUCCUCUGGGGAGACCAAGAGUCGCUCGUGUACAGGAACGACAGAUGAUGAGAUAUUCGACGUCAGUCUCUUGGACCAUACAGAUAAGAACUGUCUCUCUUGUCACAAGAUUCGUAAACCGAGAAUGACAGCAAUAGUUCUGGAGGUGGACGAAGUUGAAACAGAUGAAGCUGGCCCAGAUUCUCUUAGUGGUCAGUUCAACAGCCUCCCUGGGCUGGGUGCUACUGAUGUGAUCAUUCCCAGUCCCAGGCUCAGUGAUGUAAAGGGUGAAACUCCUGGCAGCAUUAGGAGUACAGGUAGCUAUGCAAGCUUAGAUCACUGCUUAUCCCAGGACACACCGACGGGCCGAUCACUGUUAAGGAAAGAAGUUAUGAGGCUUAUUGUGAACAUCAGCAGUGCUGUUGGAGUGAAAAGUGCAGAAACGGCUUUACUUAUUCUGAAGCAGAAGUUUCCGAAAGCAUUUCUGGACUUGUGUCUUUACUCAGAAGUGAGUAACGUCCUUGCCCAUCAAACGUUUCGCCUUACGGCCCGCCGAUUCAUUCAGGAGCUUUUCUUGGAUAUGAGUUUUGAAGAGCUUUACGAAGAACCGCGUCAGAUUCUUGGGAUAAUUGAUGAUGUCAUCACGCCUGACGAUGGCAUCGGUGAAUCGGAGAGCUGAUGAUCUUCUUGUCCUAGUCUUUGCAUUUUAAUUGUGAUCAUUCUGUGAUUCUAGUCAACAAACAGACUGCCAGCUCAUUUUCGAGUAAUAAAAACGUCUGCAGUGAAGUGAAAGUUAUGUAGUCUUGCAUCAGUAGGCCUUGGUUGUAUUUGCAGACUUUCAAACUUGUGUAUGCAAAGACUUGUUGCAAUUUUAGUUUUCUUUGCUCUUUCACUGUAAAAUCCAAGGACUUGUUGACCUCCUACACAGUACAGGAUUCUUGUUGGGUCCAUGUUUUGUCUUUAUGAAAAAAAGCCAGCACGUAUUUCAUUCUCCUGUUGGAUUAAUCAUGCCUUAAAAACUCAAUGUCAGCAUGCCAUUUCCCCUUUACCCAUCCGUACCACCUUGCCUUUAGUCUCCCUUUAACAUCUUUGUAUAAUGGAGAGUUUUGAUUCCAAAAUGACCAUAUUCCUUUGGCGUCCAUGUCCACAUGUAUUGGGUAGUGGAAACAUCUCGCCUCUAAUAUGGUGUCUGUAAAUUUAAUGCAAGCUUAAUACAUGUCAUAUAAAAUGUAAUGAAAUAUACAGCUCAAGAUGUGUGAAAUAUAUUCUGUAAAUUUUCGAACCAAACUCUCCCAUAAUACUGCAUCCUCUGGUGCUCAUAUAAAGUGGCAGUCAAAGAAAUGAUAUUUCUCAAUGUUAAUUUUAAAUGUUCGUCUCCUAUUGGUGAAGUCCUGUAUUUACGUACUUGUGAAUAAGUGUACCAGAUCUUCGUAAGUAGAUCUUCUGACUACAUGUAUGUACAUGUGCUCUAAUGAUGUACAGCAAAGAUGUGAUAAGGUUUAUGCAAUCUUUUUAAUAGAAUGAAGAUUGUGAAAGAAACAAUACUGUGUUGUUUAACUUCUUGACAGCCGUUGUUAAACGUUCUGAAAUAAUAACAAGAGAGGCUAUGGAUUGACAGCAAUGACUGAGGGAGUGAUGUCACAGUUCCAUUCAGAGAAAUGGACACUCUUAUUGUCACAUUGAUAGAAUUAACAGAGGGACUCUCAACCUAGCCAGAUGCAUGGACACAGCCUGGUUGUUCCAGGGAUAUAUAGCAAUGAAAGAGGGACUGUGGUCUCAGCCCAUUAGCCAGAGACAUGGACACUGUCUGGUUGUUACAUUGAUAG